AGCCUCUGAGCGUCUCUCUCUCUCUCGCUCUCUCUAACACAAAUCACUCCAUUCUUUCGCUCUACGGCCCGUCAGUGAAAGCAUUGCUGUGAAAUCAUGACGGACUUGGAGAACUGCCUGGCCACCAUCAUUGAAGUGUUUCAUAAGUACUCAGAGAAAGAGGGAGACAAACACAAGCUGAAGAAAAGCGAGCUGAAAGAGCUGCUGACCCACGAGCUGCCCUCGCUGACCGAGCAUGUGAAGGACCAGGCCACCAUGGACAGUCUCAUGGAGAGUUUGGAUGCCGACGGCGACUCUGAAUGUGACUUCCAGGAGUUCAUGACCUUUGUAACCAUGGUUACCAUCUGUUGCCAUGAGUUCUUCGAACAUCACGAGGAUGAAUGAGUCAGAUUUCAGAAAUAGCAACUGUAGAAUUUAAGCAAUUUGAAGUAGCUUAACUAUGUAGAACUUCGUAACUCAUUUUUAUUAUUUUUUUUGCCUUUUGAUCGUUUUCCACUGUCUGGAUGUUUGUUUGGCUCAGUGUGGUAAGACGUGGUUGUAAAUGGUUUCUGGUUGAAAAAGAAGCUUCAGUGUGGCUUAAAUUUGCAUGGAAGGGAAAUUGAAAACCUUAUAAUUUAUUUCAAAUAUUUGAAUUCCUUAUGUUUAAUUUAGGCCAAAAGAUGUCUAACAGUAGUUGCUAACGGUUGCUUUUAAAAAGACAACAAUUCUAAUGUAGUCAUGUAUAGAAUGGACUAUGUAUACUUGGAAUAUCAGUAAUAUUCUUUGUUUCACUAUGAAAUAUUGAAAAAACUUCACAUUUAGGACUAUUUAAGUGCUUAAAUGUUUUGGGGACGGAAGAGAAAAACUCAAAAGCCGUAGACAAAUCACAGAUUUACCUGAUAAACCAAAGUCAUUUAAAAAUAGAAUUAUUUCAUUUAUACUGUUUAAUUAAUUCCCUUUUGUUAUGAUGCACAUUGGAUAAAGAAAAGCACAAGGAGAGAAAAACACAAAUGAAAUGAUGCAGCUGACAAAAUCUUGGGCAUAAAAUGGUGAAUUUCUCUUCUUAUCAAUGGAAACAUAAACUAAGUUUUAUCCCCAAUAAAAGUAAACAUGUUUCUUAUAUGUAAACAAAAAUUCAUCUAAUUCUGUAAAUUGGAACAGUAAAAAAAACAUUUCUAUUGUUGUGAAUUUGCAUUUGUGUGAAUGAAACUGUCAGUUAUUUAACCACCAUGUUGACCAACAGCUGAUUCAGUUCCCCAGUCUGGAACAGUUUCCUGCUCUUGUGAUGAAGCUGAAUAAAUCACGAAUGUUAGAAGAUUUCCUCCUUUUUCUUGCCUUUGUUUGCUGAGAAUUAAUAAAAUAUUGAAAUGUG